CAGAGAAGGCGUGGAGGAGUUGGCGUUUUGGGGGGUUGUGUGAGUGAAGCACCGAAAGGAAGGGGCCGCACAGGACAGGAAAAGGCCGCACGAACACGUCACGGGGGAGACGGAAGAAUGCUUAAUUCUCACGUUUAUUUAUUUAUUCGAUCCGGGUCCCGUUCACGUCCGCGAGGUUUCAGCGUUCGUAAGCGCAACUUCCCCUGUUGUUGUGUGUCGUCAGCCCGCAGAGGAGGGCUGACAGCAGCCACAACUUCCCGUCAACAAAAAAGCAGAACGACGCCGACGGGUGCCACAGAAGACGCAGUACGGUUAACGGAGACACGGUGCUAUUGUCCUCCGGCACAGACAGGUCUGCUAAUUAGCCUGCGUGGCUUCCUGCGGAGACACGGCAACUAGCUGAGCGAGGGGCUUCUUUUCACCGGCAGACUCUCUCUGCCCCCACGCCGGACCCUGGCUCCGCUCCGCCGCUCGGGCACUGUCCACUCCAGGGGGGUGCCGGAUCACCAUCACCCGGUUUAAGUUAAGUCCAGGAGGUGGUUCGGUCCCCUGACCCCCUGCCCUGCCUCUCCUGUCCGCCGCCGCUCUGGCCGAACCCGAACAUGGCAGGCAACCUGAAGAAAGGCGGGGGGUUCAUCGGAAUGAUGAAGGAUGCCUUCCAGCCGCACCAUCACCACCUCCACUCCCAUCACCAGCCGGGGGCUGUGGACAAAAAGACGGUGGAGAAGUGCUGGAAGCUGAUGGAUAAGGUGGUACGUCUGUGCCAACACCCUAAAUUGGCUCUGAAGAACAGCCCCCCUUACAUCCUGGACCUGCUGCCAGACACCUACCAGCACCUGCGCACCAUUUUGUCCCGCUAUGAGGGUAAAAUGGAGACGCUGGGGGACAAUGAGUACUUCCGGGUCUUCAUGGAGAACCUCACCAAAAAGACCAAACAAACCAUCAGUUUGUUCAAGGAGGGCAAGGAACGCAUGUACGAGGAAAACUCGCAGCCCAGGCGGAACCUGACCAAGUUGUCGCUGAUCUUCAGCCACAUGCUGGCUGAGCUAAAGGCCAUCUUCCCCAAUGGUUUGUUUCAGGGUGACAAUUUCCGAAUCACUAAGGCAGAUGCUGCAGAGUUCUGGAGGCGUGCUUUUGGAGACAAGACCAUCGUACCUUGGAAGGUGUUUCGUCAAUCUCUCCAUGAGUUUCAUCCCAUCAGCUCCGGACUAGAGGCCAUGGCUUUAAAAUCCACUAUAGACCUCACCUGCAAUGACUACAUCUCCGUGUUUGAAUUUGAUAUUUUCACCAGACUGUUCCAGCCUUGGUCAUCCCUCCUGCGGAACUGGAACAGCUUGGCUGUUACUCACCCAGGUUACAUGGCCUUCCUCACGUACGAUGAGGUCAAAGCACGGUUGCAGAAGUUCAUUCACAAGCCCGGCAGCUACAUCUUUAGACUGAGUUGUACACGUCUAGGCCAGUGGGCCAUCGGCUACGUGACAGCCGAUGGAAACAUACUCCAGACCAUUCCGCACAACAAACCUCUGUUCCAGGCCCUCAUAGAUGGCUUCAGGGAAGGAUUCUAUUUAUUUCCCGAUGGCCGGACCCAAAACCCAGACCUGACAGGACUGUGCGAGCCUUCACCUCAAGACCACAUUAAAGUCACGCAGGUCAGAGCAGCUUCCCACCACAAAGACAAACCUCUCCCCCCCCCAGCACAGAGGGAUCUCCCUCCCUCCUCCCCUGACCGCCCCCACGCAGCUGGCUCAGGUCCUGACGGGCGGCUUCAAAGGCGUCCCUUACCCAGCACUCCAGGGGAGCCAACUCGAGACAAACUUCCUCCAACACCCUCGAACCGCCUCGUGGCUGACUGGAACUCCCGACCUGUUCCCAAGGCUCCCACCUCCUCCUCCUGUUCCUCCUCCUCGCCAUCUUCCACACAAGUGUCCGGUGUGGGAGGUGACCUCCGAGCAGGUGUCAGGGAGCUCUCGAACCGCCACUCGCUUCCCUUGGCGCUGCCUUCUGCUCUGGAUUCACAGAGGAACAACAGCACCCUCAGUCUGGACCACCAGCUGAGUUUUUCCACAGCAGCCAGUCAAGAGUAUGACAGCCCCAAAGUCAAGCCUUCAGCAUCAGCCAAUGCCAUCUACUCACUAACAACCAGACAAACAUCUCCAGCGCUGAGGCCAGUGACGGGAGAUGAGGUCCGAGACAGUGAUGAAGAUUCCGAGUACAUGAUCCCUUGUUCUCGCCCUGUCCUGCCCCUUUUCUCAGCCCCACCUAAUGGAGAGAAUCCUGCAGUUCCUAGGACCCCUCAGCUUCCAGCAGCCCUCCAGACACAGAGCCAAGCUUGUGGUCUCAGUUCAAGAUUACCACUGUCUGAACUAGAGGACGGACCUCAGAUGUAUGAAGCAAUGUACAACAUCCAAGCUCAGGCACUCACAGCCUCUCUGCCUCACCAAGCCAGAGACUCAGACUAUUCGGAGCUGCCCCCUCUGGCAAUGACCAAUGGUCCCCGAGAACCUCCAGUCGAGGAGGGAGCAGAGGAAGAAAACACCAGUGACUUCCCAAAAUCUCGUCUGCCUGUGACCCCAGCCCGACGAACACUUUCAGAAAUUGGGGGUUCAUCUUCUUCAUUCUCAUCCUCUUCCUCCUGCUUGUCCUCCAAUGCAGCCUUCACUCGCUUUUCUCUCGAUGCGGAUGCUGGAGCUACAUCAUCCUUCUUGGAGCCGGUGGAAGCACCAGAGAGACCUCCCAAACCGCUGCCCAGACGAAUCAACUCUGAGCGUCGACACAGUCCCGUCCCUGUCCCACCCAGCAGCGGAGCGAUGGCAGGAGACGCCGACCCUCAAAUUAGUAGUGAGAUUGAGAACCUCAUGAGUCAGGGAUACUCCUAUCAGGACAUUCAGAAAGCACUGAUGAUCGCACAGAACAAUAUUGAAAUGGCAAAGAAUAUCCUCCGCGAGUUUGUGUCCAUUCCCUCCACGGCGCAUAUUCUUACAUAGCACACUCCCAACGGCGCUUUCUCCCGUUUGCUCUCUCGCUCUAGCUCUGCCCAGCUUGGUCGGGUUUAGGUGGGCUCAGCUGAGCCCGGCACCUAGCGCCCGUCGCCUGCAGUGCUAACUCGGUGCUGGCUGACGCCCGUCGCCUCUGUGGACAUUUAACUGGCUGCUACUCCAGCGAGGUCGCGGCAUCUCUGGGACUGUGCACUCCACGCGCUUUCAACAGUGUCUGGCCUUGUUCAAACUGCUCCAGCGGCCCGCGGCUUUGUCAACAGCAUCUCUGCGGGACCGAGUGAGCGAAGUGCGGAACAAAGACAAGAACAUUUCAUAGGAAUCGUGGGAAGACCGAUCCUUUGGAGUCGAAGCCUCUUUGCUGAAAAUAUAACCAACACCUCACAAAGAAAACUAAAAAUGUAUGUCUAUAUGAAAAUUUAAUAUAUAAUUAAAUGUGUGUAAUAUAUACAGUACGUGGAAAUACAGUAUGUGAAAAUGACUUUAGCUUUGAAGGUUGCUGUUGGUACAGUCAUGGGUAGACGGGGACUACAUGAGGCGCGUUUGGCCCUUCUGAUGAUGGCGUUGAUCAAGAAGAGGACUCGAUGGUUUUCUUCUCGGACAUGUUUGCCAGCAGCACGUCAUGCGGCACGCAGCCGAGCGUUUCUUCCUGCUUUCGCUCUGUUCUGGCCUUUUGAUUCGCACCGAUGUCGCUUCAACAAAGAGUGUGCACGUAAUGCUCAACGAAGCAGGACGUCUGGCAGAUUCUGAUAAAAUGUGUUCACGUAUGUGGGCGUGUACUUCGAUCUGCCAGACCUGCGGUCUCACAAUGUGCAUACACGCACCAAAAAAAAAAAAAAAAAAAAAUGCUUGAAAGUUCCAUGCACAACUUCCUGCAGGAAAAUUUAUGAAAACAAGGAAGAUAGACGGGAACGUAGACAAAUCCGUAUUUGGAAUGAGUGCUGCUGAGAGUGAAAUUGUGAAACUCAGAGUGCAGGUCUGCGCCAAGGACAGUAGUCCACUCUUCUACAAUAUACAUUUCCAGGUGUUUUUUUACUGUAUAUUGAUGGAAUCAAGGACACCCCCCCCCGCCCC